AUGGCGAACUCGGCAAAUACAAACACCGUGCCUAAAUUAUACAGAUCUGUGAUUGAAGAUGUUAUUAACGAUGUGAGAGACAUCUUUUUGGAUGAUGGAGUUGAUGAGCAAGUUCUGAUGGAACUGAAAACUUUGUGGGAGAAUAAACUAAUGCAGUCUAGGGCAGUCGAUGGAUUUCAUUCAGAAGAGCAACAGCUUUUACUGCAAGUUCAACAACAACAUCAACCUCAGCAACAGCAGCAUCACCACCACCACCACCAUCAGCAAACUCAACCACAGCAGACGGUACCUCAGCAAGCGCAGACCCAGCAGGUCCUUAUUCCUGCCUCACAGCAAGCUGCUGCACCACAAGUUAUAGUUCCUGAUUCUAAGCUGAUACAACAUAUGAAUGCAUCAAACAUGAGCGCUGCUGCUACAGCUGCUACCUUGGCACUCCCUGCAGGCGUGACUCCUGUUCAACAGAUAUUAACAAAUUCAGGCCAGCUUCUUCAAGUAGUCAGAGCAGCCAAUGGUGCCCAGUAUAUCUUCCAGCCUCAGCAGUCAGUGGUUCUACAACAACAAGUUAUACCACAAAUGCAGCCUGGUGGAGUACAAGCCCCUGUUAUACAACAGGUACUGGCCCCUCUUCCUGGAGGGAUUUCACCACAGACGGGUGUCAUCAUUCAGCCACAGCAAAUCUUAUUUACAGGAAAUAAGACUCAAGUUAUACCUACAACAGUGGCUGCACCAACACCGGCACAGGCACAGAUAACUGCAGCUGGCCAACAGCAACCACAGGCCCAGCCUGCUCAGCCACAAGCUCCAUUGGUGUUACAGGUUGAUGGAACUGGGGAUACGUCAUCUGAAGAAGAUGAAGAUGAAGAAGAAGACUAUGAUGAUGAUGAGGAGGAAGACAAAGAGAAAGAUGGAGCUGAGGAUGGGCAGGUAGAAGAAGAGCCCCUCAACAGUGAAGAUGAUGUGAGUGAUGAGGAAGGACAGGAACUCUUUGAUACAGAAAAUGUUGUUGUAUGCCAAUAUGAUAAGAUACACAGAAGUAAAAACAAAUGGAAAUUUCAUCUCAAGGAUGGCAUUAUGAAUCUUAAUGGAAGAGAUUAUAUAUUUUCCAAAGCCAUUGGAGAUGCAGAAUGGUGA